AGCUUUUACCAAAAAUGACACCCCUUCUCCCCAUUUCCAUUCUGAGCGCAGUGAAGUGCCCACAUUCACAAGUGAACAAUGCUGUGUUGUUAUGGAAACAGUUAGUGUACGCAGCAGCCUUACCUCUGUACACUGGAGCUUUUCACAAAAUGUGAAAUGUAGCCAGUGUCUUCAUCAUGGGUCCUAACCUGUUUUUAUACAGUCUAUGGUCCUAACCUUUACCUUCAGGGACAUUCGUCACAAGAUUUUGUUGAUGUUAUGGAGUAUGAAUGAAUGUGGGAAAGAUUAUAGAAUAUAGAGUUUGUAAAUAUUAUCUUUAAUGCACUUAUUUUAUCACAUUAAAAUGGUCCCUGUAUUUAAUAAUGAUGCUGUCAUCUGAGGCGUUGGAACAUUGUUUAUAUUUUUGGCUGAAAUGUCAUAUGUACGUUUCUCUUUUAUCACAUCCUGACAAAAACAAAGCUUUUUAGUGCUUAUGCAACAAAAUGGAGAUCAAUAAAUGUUGACCAUGUGUGUUAUUGAUGCCUUAUUGGUGUGUUUUAUUGUUUUUAUGCACAGAAUGAUGGGAAAUAUCUUGUUGCACAAGCUUUGUUGACUCAUGAUCCUGCUAAAUGAGUUGCACUGUAAUUUCUGCCAGGUUUUAUGGUGGUUUAUCACCAGCACUUCCAUUUAUAUCGUAGUCAUCAUAUGUCAUUUUCAAUAUUGUUUUUAUUGUACAAAACACUAAGAAAAAUGAUUGCUUUUUAUAAUUGUAAUUUUGUUUAAAGGGGUCAUGAAAUGGAGAAUCAAGAUAUUCUUGAUAUUUACUCCUAUAACAGGCUACUCUACAAUAAAAAACAAUUGCUAUUCAUCGUCCACAUUUGGACCACCCUUCCAGCGUGUUUUUGUGAGUAGUGAAGAGGAGCAUUUACAGCUAUGUGCUACAGUGGGCAGCCUCUGUGUACUGGAAACAGGCGUUCACCAACCAGUAGAGAUGCCAAUAGCUCAGGCUCCCAGUAUGCUCUCUGUGCACUGGGGGUGGGCCUGGUGGCACUCGGGGUUGUCAUGAUCGUGUGGAGCAUAGUUCCUUCUGAAACACAGUUGAACAAUGCUACGAACUCGAGCAACGCAAGUGGCAACACAGAGUUAAAGCAGACAUCAUCUGUUGCAUUUGUGCUGGUUGGAUCUGGUGUUGCCAUGUUGCUCCUUGCUGUAUGUCUCUGUCUGAGAAACAGGAAGCGAAGGAGACAACGGGAAACUUCAGGUGUACGCAGUGCUGGUUAUGUGGAUCGUGUCCAUAGAGAUCAGGAUGAGGAGUCAGCUGAUGUACCAGCGACCAACUAUGAUGUUCCCACCUAUGAGGAGGCGGUCACCAGUGGACAGUACCCUGUUCGGCAGAGCAACUUGCGUCAGAGUUACCAGCUGCCGUCAUAUGAGGAUCUGAUUGGUGCUGUUGAAAACGAAGGCCAGCAGCCUAGAGAAGGUAAUGGCCAAGAGGCCCCUCAGCCAGCUCCUGGCCCUGGACCUCAGCCUGCAGCACCCGCCCGCAGCAGCAGCAGGGCCAGUCGGAUCCUCAGACCUCUCCGAGUGCGCAGGAUUAAGUCAGAGAAGCUCCACAUGAAGGAUAUUCGUUUGAAUAUCCAAAAUCCUGGACAGAGUGGGGUGGUGACCAUCGAACCACUGACCCCACCACCACAGUAUGAGGACAAGCCCCCUCAACUACCCACAGAAGCAGUGUAAUGAUUUCACUGGAUUUUGUUGAGUGUUAGCAUCUGUGGGUUGUUUGAAAAAUGUUGACUCAACUGUGCAAAAGUAUAAAGUUUUAUUGAGAGCUAUAAAUGUGUCUCAAAAUCUGCCAAAUUAUGAAAUAGGAUACGUUCAUGUGUGCUGUCAGUUCUUGGACAAGACACUAAAACCUACUUGAAUGUUUUUUUAACAAACUUUUUUUAUAUUUGAAGAAUGGAUUAUAGUUGUGUAUCGUAUUUUUUUAUUUAAAAUAGUUUGAGUAAGGAAUCUAAAUGCCACAGCUCUCUUGAGAGCAUCAGCGAGAUUUACUUCACAGUUUACUUCCAAAGAACUACAUUGUACAUUGCAAAAACGAAAACAAAUUCUUAUUAAAGAAUAACAUACAGCUCAAGAGUGAUAUCAAACUGUUGCCAAAUGCUAAUCACUGUUUUUGAAAAUACAUUUUUCAUUAAAAAAAUGUUUUCAAAAACAAUUAAAAAAAAAAUGUUAUUCACAUUUUUUUUAUGUUAUUCUAAAUACGAAUGCCUCAUUUUUCAUCUCCAUUUUUUUAUUCUGAAUAUAUAAUACAUUUGAACCAGAUAGUGUGCAGUUGCAGCCAUAAAAUGCAGGGAUGCAUAAUUAACUUAUACAGUAGAAGAUUUAAUUCACACUAAUUUACUUAACUAAUUUAUUCAGUGCCACUCCAAUUAAUCCAAUUAAUAAUGUAAUUAAUAUUUCAUUGUGUUUGUUCUGUUUGCAAUUAACUUUGUAUUUCAUUGCAUUAUAAGGGUGCAACAAUAAAAUGUAUUCUUAAAACUUGUAGGAAAAUUAAUUUUAAUGAUAUCUCAGAACAAAUUCUGUCUUAAUAUAAAAUUCUUAUAAGUGAUCUAAAAACAUGGGUCUGGAUCGCAAACAGAAAUGCAUCUUGGGGGACUUUGGUUUCUUGGGCAACUCAACACUUCAUUUCUGAAGUGCAAAUGAAAAUUUGAUGGAUGGGCUAACUAUUCUACAUGCAGUUUGACUGGACAAACAAGUCAUCUUGCUGCAGAUGGACCAUUUUCAAUGACAAAAAUGUUGUUAACAUUCUUGUUAGCCAAGCUGAACAUGGUGCUGUUGAUGUCCUUUUGUAUGUGAGCUAAAUAGCCUUGAGUUUAAUUGCCUUUUAAUUCAGUUUAUUUGAUUAAGGUGUCAAAUUUUGGAGAAGGGAUGGGGUUUUCUUUUCACAAAGGAAUUGGUACAGGUGAUAAGUAAUAUUUUAAAGCAGAAAAGCUCUGUACGUUAUUUAUUUCUUGUAGGACAUAAUAAAAUUGUUUAAAUCUG